GCACGGAAGACUGAAGGAAUAUUGAUUUUUUUGACAUCCCAUUUUUAGUACAGUCACUUCUACACAAAUAAAAAAACGUGGACGUUGAGUUAUGUUGAAUAUGUCCAUUCAUUGUAUCCACAUGAAACCAAAUACAAUACUAACUCUGUUUCUACAGCACCAUGAGGUACUUCAACUGCCUUUUAUACUGGUUUCUAUCAAUUUUUAUCGUAGUAGUGUACUACAAUGAGAUUUUGACAACGCCGAUAAUUGAACCUUCGGUUGAGUACGUACUCUGCUCGACUCUUUUAGACUACCUAAAAGCUCCCAUUCCAGUUCUCCUAAUUGAUUUUGAGAUACUUGAACAAAUCGAAAGAAAUUCGUGUCAUAUGCAAACAGAGAAACGGGUCAAGAUCGGUGUAGACAAAACCCAAGAAAACGCUCAUCUUCUGCAGAAAGAUUCCCGCUUCCACGUGGUAAACUAUAAAAAUUCCACGAAAACUGAUCAUUUGGAUUUUGAAGUUACGACAUUUACGAAGAAAUCUAUUCCUAAACGCUUUGGAGCUAGAAUAGUUGGAAAUGUUCAAGUUCCCUUAGAUAUUCAACAAUUUAUGGGAUUUUGGCAGAGAUCAAUGGUUUUAGAUUGUAAAAAAGAAAGAAAUGAGAUUUCCCAACCGAGCACGGCUUCAAACGACCUCGCGGCUCUUCAAAAUGUGCUAAUUGAAAAUGGAAUGUUUCCAUUUUUAAACGGAAGAACAUUACUUAAUUGGUAUAAGGAAUGUACUACAAAGCAUGAAAUUUUCAAUUUUAUGGUCAUGGCUAGCAAUUUCAAUUUGAACUUCUUAGAAAACUUGGAGAAAGGACAAUCUAAAUUGAAGUUGGUGCAGAAAAAUAGAACAGUGGGAAAUGGAUUGAGGAUUACUGUAGCUUUGAAUGAAGUAAAGGCACAUAUAGGAUUACUGUACAAGGAGUUGAAUGAAGAUGGAUCUGUGGUACAUUGGACAAAAGGAAACAACUUCAAAAAUCAUACAAUUCGCUUUUCAACCUAUGACCCAUGGUGUUCAACUGAUAUUCACGGUCAUUUGUUUUGGAUUUCUUGUACUCCUGGAACACGUAUAGCCGAAGAAUUUGCAAACACUAAAUUUACUGAUUUUGUUUGAAAUUUAUAGUUUUUAAAUUGGAAAAUAAGAUUU